AUGCCAAACCGCAGUUCCACCGUGCCCAACCUCGAUCUGAGCUCGUUCAGAACGGAGGCAAAGAAGGACAAGAUCUCGUCACCGUUGACGCCGAAUGACCAGAGCUCGGACGCCCCGAGUCCCCUGACCCCUCGCUCACCCAAGUCAGCGUCCAGCUCGCCGCUGUUCAAAGGCGCAACCAUCCGCCCCGUCACGCAAGACUCGGGCAGCAAGGCCACCAGCCCUACCAUCCCACUCUCACCCGGCACAGCCACCGCCGAGCCCUUGACACCGGGCAUCACAGCUAUUCCACAACACUUCCCCUCGCCCAAAGACUCGAAACAUUCCCGCGAUGCAUCCAAGUCCUUCUUCGGCACCCUCAAAGCGCCCAAAUCAGCACACAAGUCACAGCGAUCGGACAGCUCAGGGGAUUCGACCGAACCGCCAAAGAGCAGAGGAAGUUCCCGGGAGCGGAGGAUGACGAUGGCGGCCAAGGCAUACGGAUCCACGCCCGAUCUUCUCGGGGCACUCGCGCACGCGAAUGAAGCCGAAAAGACCAGUGAGCAUCUGUCUCCGCGCCCGUCUUCAUCCUAUUUAACCAACCGUUAUUUUACAGACGGAAACUCAGGCAAGACCUCACAUCAGACGGACGCAAAAAAGGCCGGAACCGAUGCAGACGCCGCGCCAAAGAAAAACAAACAACGAUUCGCCAACCUCCUGACCCGAUCUCGUUCAAUCCGAGUCGACGAAUCAGCCGGAAAUAGAGCGGCGGGCCGGCGACCGUCCACCGGCUUGGCCAAACUCGAAGAAUUCAACCAAGGCGCUGGGACGACCCAGCCCCGCUCAGCGACGACGCGACCAGACCGAACCGUGCGGGGAGGUCUCCAACCCCCCGAGCGUCCAGCAGAUAACAACCCUUUGCGCAAAGAACGCAGUCAUGGUAACAUGGUCGCUUCAGCUUCUUUGAGUCAGGUGUCGGGCGCCUCUGCGGCCAUCUUCAGCAACCUCAAGUCAUCUUCAAGCGGGGCUGCCGAUCGGAUCGGCAAAGCCGGAAAGGGCUUCUUUGGCAAAAUCACUCGCAGUGGCAGCACCAACGAACGAGAAUUGAUCAACGAUGACUCCUACACCUGUUCGGUGAUCAACCUCCCUCUUAUCGAACAAGCGCGCAAGACUCGCAUCGCGAAGAAGCUGGAACACUGUCGAGAUAAGACCGAAUUUUGGAUGCCCGCCUUGCCUUAUCGCUCGAUUGAUUAUCUGAAUUUCAAGGGGUGCGAAGAAGAAGGUCUUUACCGAGUCCCUGGGAGCGGUAGAGAAGUGAAGCAUUGGCAACGGCGCUUCGACACAGAACUGGACAUCGAUCUUUUCGAAGUCCCAGAUUUAUACGAUAUUAACACAAUCGGAUCCUUGUUCAAAGCAUGGCUCCGCGAGCUACCAGACGAGCUCUUCCCCAAAGCAACACAAACGAUGAUUGCCCAGAAGUGCGAGGGAGCUACGACCGCGCCACAACUCCUUAAAGACGAACUCUCGAAACUACCCCCCUACCACUACUACCUCCUCUUCGCCAUUACCUGCCACCUCAACCUCCUACACUCCUACGUCGACCAGAACAAAAUGGACUACCGCAAUUUGUGCAUCUGUUUCCAGCCUUGCAUGAAGAUUGAUGCCUUCUGCUUCCAAUUCCUGGUCUGCGAUUGGAAGAACUGCUGGCAGGGCUGCUGGACCGAAAAGGAGUAUCUCGAGAUUGAGAAGAAGAUGGACGAGCGCGACCAGCGAGUCUCGGAGGAAGCCGAGAAGGAGAUUGCCUACGAAAAGCAAGAAAUUGCUAAGGGCAAGCAAGAGCUCGCUGCUAGUCAUGAGCGGGCCAUAUCCUCUUCAAGCAGCAGCGCUAGCGCCACCGAGGAACCACCUCGACCGGUGACCUCUAGAAGCCGAAAGGCUCCGCCCCGAAACAUCGAGGUUUCACAUACUCGCAGUGUGUCUCAACUCCCUGAACUGGGUCCUCCCCUCUCCCCCAUCAAAAUUUGA